AAUUUGUCUGGAUCUCUGUCACGAUUAUACUGAUAGCCGCUGGUAUAAUGAGAGAGAACACGAAUUAUGAGCGACUGGUGUUUGGCAUUUAACCCCCCACAGAUUCUAAAAGAUGCAAUCGUCCCUUUGUUUGUUUCCGAAACGAAGAAGACCAUGGGAUCAUCUGACCUCACUUGGUAGAAGAAAAGCCACAUCGACCAUGACAGCUUGAUACUUUAGAAAAGGGCUUAGACGACAGAACAACGGCUUCGCACAACUGUUGCUUCUCCUCCUAUAAACUCGCGCGGCCUCUCUUCCUCAAUAUCCCACGCAUGCUUCUUCCUUGUUAAUUCCCAGCUUGCUUUAGAAGGGAAGGGAGGUUGCACAGGAGCGACCUCUCAUGGCUUGCUCCCCUCUGGGGUUCGGCGAGAAGUACUACUCGCUGUCGAGCGACGGCCAGUGCGUGAGGCAGAGUAGCUUCUUCGGAGGCAAGCCAGUUCUCAAUCAGGGCGUCGGCUACGGCGUCAUCCUCGGUUUCGGGGCUUUCUUCGCCGUCUUCACUUCCUUGUUGGUGUGGCUGGAGAAGCGGUAUGUGGGAUCCCGUCACACGUCCGAGUGGUUCAACACCGCCGGAAGAAAUGUCAAGACCGGCCUCAUCGCCAGCGUCAUUGUGUCGCAGUGGACAUGGGCAGCGACCAUCCUGCAGAGCUCCAACGUCGCCUGGGAGUACGGAGUCAGCGGCCCUUUCUGGUACGCCAGUGGUGCUACCAUUCAGGUGCUCCUGUUUGGUGUCAUGGCCAUAGAGAUCAAGAGAAAGGCACCCAGGGCUCACACCGUUUGCGAGAUCGUCAGAGCACGAUGGGGAACUGCUGCGCAUGUUGUGUUUCUGGUAUUUUGCUUCAUGACGAACAUAAUUGUGACUGCGAUGCUGCUGCUCGGCGGCUCCGCGGUUGUCAAUGCACUCACUGGUGUGAAUAUCUACGCCGCGAGCUUUCUGAUCCCUCUCGGUGUUAUUGUCUACACGCUAGCUGGAGGGUUAAAGGCAACCUUCUUGGCCAGCUACAUACACUCAGUCAUAGUGCACGUCGUCUUGGUCAUAUUUGUUUAUUUGGUAUAUACAGCAAGUAGUCAUCUCGGCAGCCCAAAAGUCGUAUACAACCACCUUAUGAAGGUUGCUAGCAAAUCAAGAGUAUGUGAUUAUCCAAUUUCACAUACAGGUCAAUCUUGUGGACCUGUAAGUGGGAACUAUAAAGGAACUUACUUAACCAUGUUAAGCUCAGGUGGCCUUGUUUUUGGAAUUAUCAACAUUGUUGGAAACUUUGGAACCGUUUUUGUAGACAAUGGAUAUUGGAUGAGUGCCAUAGCUGCAAGACCAUCAUCUACCCACAAGGGAUAUUUGUUGGGUGGGCUUGUUUGGUUUGCUGUACCAUUCUCUUUGGCAACAUCAUUGGGAUUAGGUGCACUGGCUCUUGACCUUCCAUUAACAGCAACUGAAGCUGCGAAAGGCCUUGUUCCUCCUGCUACAGCAACUGCCUUAAUGGGAAAAUCAGGAUCAGUCCUCCUACUCACAAUGCUCUUUAUGGCUGUGACUUCUGCUGGCUCAGCGGAACUAGUGGCGGUUUCUUCUUUGUGCACAUAUGAUAUUUACCGGACAUACAUAAAUCCUGAUGCAACUGGGAAGCAGAUACUCAAAGUCUCCAGAGGGGUUGUCCUUGGUUUUGGAUGUUUCAUGGGUGUUUUAGCUGUAAUCUUGAACAAGGUUGGAGUUUCUCUUGGAUGGAUGUAUCUUGCAAUGGGAGUAAUUAUAGGCUCAGCAGUGAUGCCUAUAGCUUUGAUGCUUCUAUGGAGAAAGGCAAACGCACUUGGUGCUAUUCUUGGAACAGUCAUUGGUUGCAUCCUAGGAAUAAUUACGUGGUUAGCAGUGACAAGCAUAGAAUAUGGCCGUGUUAAUCUUGAGACUACUGGUCGGAACGCUCCCAUGCUCGCUGGCAACCUAGUAGCUAUAUUGACUGGAGGAUUUAUUCAUGUUGUGUGUAGCAUCUUGUGGCCCCAGAAAUAUGACUGGGGAACUACCAAAGAAAUAACAUUGGUUGAGCAGGUACAGAGUGAUUUGCCAGAUGAAGAGUUUAAGGAGGAAAAGCUUUUGAGAGCUAAGGGUUGGAUUGUGAAGUGGGGCAUAGUUUUCACAGCUAUCAUCGUGAUCAUUUGGCCGAUGCUUUCACUUCCAGCAGGAAAAUUCAGUUUGGGCUACUUCACGUUUUGGGCAGUGGUUGCCAUUGCAUGGGGUACCAUUGCCUCUGUAGUAAUCAUUAUCUUACCUUUAACAGAAAGCUGGGGAACAAUUGUACGUGUCUUGAAUGGCAUGUUAACCAAUGACGCCAUGAUGCAGAAGGUAGACGAAAUGAAUUCCCGACUGCGCGCCAUCAUGGUGACGAUGCCAGAAGCUGAGAGAUACUACUUGCUGGAAAAAGAGAAGACCAAGAAACUUGACGGUUAGGAAUCAGUUUGUGUGGUUCCGCUGCAGUAAAAGUUCACCAAACGAUCCAACCUUUGUGGAUCGUUUAUGGUCGAAUUAGUUGAAGCUCUGUGGCUGUGUGUUUGUUCCACAUGUCUUUGUGCUGUUUGAAGUGGUGUUGAAGAUUUGGUAUGUUCGCGUGCAUGUCCCUAGUAGUGUUAAAGAUUUGUGUUGAUCUACAAUGUUCUGACUAAUAGAAAUGAAUAUUUUCAUGUAACAAACAUUUUGGAUACGUCUGACUCUUAUAAAUGCUGUGAAUGAUCAGUUGGAA